AUGGAGAACAAAAUACCGGCGGAUUAUUUUGCUAACAAUUGUUUUUUUCAUAUUUGGAGCGACUAUGGUAUCGCGAUUCCCACUGUCACGGAUUUACACGCUGCUGCCCCCAACAGUAUCGGUACAGCCUCUUCCCCUAACAGCGAUGGUUCAGCCGCUGCAACCACCAGUUUUGCGCCGCCUACAGCCCCGGUGGCUCCUGGACCGGCUGCUACCUUGGCUCAUCUUUUAUCGCAGGCCGAUUUAAAGCUGGAACAGCAGGAUACAGCUUAUUGGAAGCAAGAGGAGGAUGGAGUUUUUUAUGUUUCUUCUUGCUAUUAUGUCUUGUCUAGAAGACAUAUUCCUUUUGGACCGGCAAAUCGUUAUGAUUCGGUGUUUGAACAUAUUUGGAAGGCGGAGGUUCCUCUAAAGGUUAAAGCGUUCAGAUUGAGGAGUUUUCUCAACAAAAUCCCAACUAAAGACUUGCUUUUGAAUAGAGGUAUCCUUAAUUCCUCUUCGAAUUUAGAUUGUGUUCUUUGUGAAGAAUUAAAUGAGACUUUGCUUCAUUCUUUUUUGCUUUGUCGCAAUGUCGCUAUUGUUUGGAAGGAGAUGGCCGAGUGGAUAGGAUUGAAUUUUAAUAGCAUUGAUGAUUUUAAGGAGAAUUUCUGGUAUUGGAGCAAUUUUUGUCGCGCAAAGAAGGUUAAAAGAGGAAUAGAGGGAAUUGUUUGGUUAGCCAUUAUUUGGAGCAUCUGGUUGUGUAGGAAUGAUAUAGUUUUCAACAACUCGUCUUGGAAUUCAAAAGAUGUGGAGUGGAGUUGUAAAGCUCUAAUUUGGAGAUGGUCGUAUAUCGGGAAAAUUACGCAUUCCAAUUAUAAUUUCUAUGAAUUUAGCAAUAACUCAUUGUUUUACUUAAAUUAA